GGCUCUGAUUUCAUCCAGGAGGUCAUACUGUUUAAAUAAUCCGCAAUGGCGUCCCAACUUCUUCCACUAGAGUUGAUCGACAAGUGUGUCGGAUCCAGAAUAUGGGUCAUUAUGAAGAAUGAUAAGGAAUUCGCCGGAACGUUGUUGGGAUUCGAUGACUACGUCAACAUGGUGUUGGAGGAUGUGACCGAGUUCGAUUACACCGGCGCCCAGGUGAAGCUCCCCAAGAUUUUGUUGAAUGGCAACAAUGUCUGCAUGUUGAUCCCCGGUGGUGAGGGGCCCCUUGGUAGCUCUUAGAUCAUGAUAUCCACGAUUCUUCCUUGCUAUGUCAAAAUUCUGAGAAUGAACCUUGAUGAUCUCACAUAGAAAAUGUUGUAAUGAUGGGUUUUUAAUUCUUACGUUCACUUUCUUUGACUCUGCUUAAAAGCGAGGUUUCGUUGGCGACUGUCCUUGCUCUCAUGCUAUAAAUGGCUGAGCUUUUCCAUUAACGAAAGGAAAAAGAACUGCAUUAGGGGAUUCUCGUAAUAUGCUAGUCAUAGCUCCUAGUGGCAGGAACUCCCGUUUGAUCAGCAGCCAAACCCAAGAUUAAUUACAUCCGAGGCAUGGGCAACCAGCAAAGGUCUAUCACAACUACAGGAUACGCUCCUGCGCAAUACCAGCUGACUGGCAUCCCUAAGAAUAGCCCUCAAUCAGGGAUCGUGCAUGUUGCUAGUAGCCUUUGUUCCAUCUGCAGGAACUCCGUAAUGCAC